GCAUGGAUGUAGUGGCAAUGGUGGGUGUGGAAGGGGUGUUACGUGGCUUUCAGUUGGCUGCUUGUGUGCUCCAUGGUUUUUUUGGUUUUGCAAUGUCGUUGUCAGGAUUGAGUGGUAUUGAUUUUUGUCCUCGUGCCUGUCCCUGUCCCUGUCUCUGUCUCUGUCUCUGUCUCUGUCUCUCUCUCUCUCUCUCUCUCUCUCUCUCUCUCUCUUUGUCUUCUGCUGGCUGUGUUUCCUGCCCUGGACAGGACAGGAUGUUGCCGGGGUAGUUUGUAUGAGGCUGUCCAGACAGGUUAGACGAGGAGGCCGGUAGGAGCCUGUUCACUGCUCCACUGUCUGUCCCUGCAGACGAGCUGUGCUCCAGUCUGAUAUUUCAUCCUCCUUUCAGUGAUGGAGGAGCAGAAAGCUGUAGCAGGGGGUUAGUGAUUCCCGGAAUGGAAGUAGGGUUUUGGUUCUGGUUUCGUUCCCAGCAGAUGCCCAUCUAUUCUCCGCACAAAAAAAAACACAUCAGUUUUCCUCUCCUCGGGAGGAGAGUGAAAGAGAGAUUGGCAGAAUCGAAAGCCACCGACGACGAGGCCGCCGCGUCUGCCGGUGGCGUCAGAGAGAAGGGCAGCGCUAGCAGGAUCGACAGCGGGGCGCCCGCCGACCAAAGUGCGCCAGAGGAAGAGGAGAAAACUGAGGUUACAGAAGAAGAAAUGGAGAUCUCAACGCGAUCUAAGGACGGUGGGUCAACAGAGCGCGUGACCCAAAAACGAAAGAUGCCUAGCCCCUCUCAGUCAUCCAACGGUCACUCCUCUGCCGAGACGUCGCCGUACCCCGUGAAGAAGAAGAAGAAACCGGGGGCUGUCAGCAGCAGCAAAGACCAGUCAGAACUAAGACAUGGUCCCUUUUACUAUGUGAAGCAGCCAGCACUCACCACAGACCCUGUUGAUGUUGUACCGCAGGACGGCAGGAACGACUUCUACUGCUGGCUGUGCCACCGCGAGGGCCAGGUGCUCUGCUGUGAGCUCUGCCCCAGGGUGUACCACGCCAAGUGCCUCAAACUACCAGCCGAGCCCGAGGGCGACUGGUUCUGUCCGGAGUGUGAGAAAAUAACGGUUGCUGAGUGCAUAGAGACUCAGAGCAAAGCCAUGAUGAUGCUAACGAUAGAGCAGCUGUCUUACCUACUAAAGUUUGCCCUUCAGAAGAUGAAACAGCCAGGUGAUCAUCCCCGCUUGUCAUCUCGCUCCCCCCAUGCAGCUUCCACGCAGAGAAAGACUUUUAAUUGGACUGAACCCUUCCAGAAACCUGUCUCUCUUGAACAGCACCCAGAUUACGCAGAGUACAUUUUUCACCCGAUGGAUCUGUGCACGCUGGAGAAGAAUAUUAAAAAAAAAAUGUAUGGCUGCACAGAGGCCUUCUUGGCAGAUGCAAAAUGGAUUUUGCACAACUGUAUCAUAUACAAUGGAGGCAAUCACAAACUCACGGCUACAGCUAAAGUGAUAGUAAAGAUCUGUGAGCAUGAGAUGAAUGAGAUUGAAGUUUGCCCCGAGUGUUAUCUCUCUGCUUGCCAAAAGAGAGACAACUGGUUCUGUGAGCCUUGUAGUAACCCACAUCCUCUAGUGUGGGCCAAGCUGAAGGGAUUUCCAUUCUGGCCUGCUAAAGCUCUGCGGGACAAAGAUGGACAAGUGGAUGCUCGCUUUUUUGGUCAGCAUGACAGGGCUUGGGUGCCUUUAAACAAUUGCUACCUCAUGUCCAAAGAGAUUCCCUUCUCUGUGAAGAAGACCAAGAGCAUCUUCAAUAGCGCCAUGCAAGAGAUGGAGGUCUAUGUGGAGAACAUGAGGAAGAAGUUCGGCGUGUUUAACUAUGCCCCCUUCAGGACACCUUACACCCCUGAAAAUAACUUCCAGAUGCUGCUGGAUCCGUCCAACCCGUCGUCCACCCCGAUCAAACCCGAGAAACAGGAGAAGAUCAAGCUGAGCUUCGACAUGACGGCGUCCCCCAAGAUCUCUUUGGCCAGGACCAUGCUGUCGGGGGCCGGGUUGGGAGGCGGCGCGGCGGGCCGGAGGCUCCCCCUCAGUGACAUGCCUCGCUCCCCCAUGAGCACCAACUCCUCUGCCCACACCGGUUCAGAUGGGGAGACGGAGACGGCGGACAAGUCCCAAACAAAGGCCCCAAACAGCCAGUACAGCACAGGAGAAGAGUCCAUGGACUGUACAGCGUCACCUGCCCACCCUCGACCUUGUCCCGCUGGCAGUUCCUUAGACAGCCCCAAACCAUUUCACUCUCAGGCUCCUGGCGGUCCCAAGCAGGAGAAGACACCACCGACAGGAAGCAUACUGAACCUCAAUCUGGAUCGGAGCAAAGCAGAAAUGGACCUGAAGGAGCUUAGUGAAACGGUUCAGCAGAAACAAGGAGCCACGCCGGUCCUCACCUCUCCAAAAAGACAGAUCAAGAGCCGGUUCCAGCUGAACUUGGACAAAACCAUUGAGAGUUGCAAGGCACAGUUGGGUAUCGAUGAGAUAUCCGUGGAUGUGUACAAAGGUGUGGAACACAGCGACUCGGAGGACUCCGAUAAAUCUGACUCCAGUGACAGUGAGGACGCCAGUGAUGAGGAGCAAAAGACCAAGGAGGGUGAGGACGCAGCACCAAGCGACGAGGCCCAGAAGGACUCGGCCAAAAGCAAAGCCAAAGACCAACCUUCCCCGAGCCAAGAGGAGGGUGAAGCCGAUUCUCACGUGGCAUCCGAGUCCACGGCAGGCGACGUCGCCGCAACUGCGACCGACGCUCCGACCAGAGCGCGAGCGAGCCCCGGAUCUGAAAAGGAGAGCCCAGAAAAGACCAAAGCACCUCCAGCCUCACCUGGUCUCCGGGAGAGGCCUCAUGGGAAAGAAGAGGCAAAGCAGCCCGCGCCGGCGGAGGACUCCGACUCGGAGAGAGAGCUGGUCAUUGACCUUGGAGAGGAACCGGGAGGCAAGGACCGGAAGAGGAGCAGGAAGGACAGCGCCUGUGUUAAAGAGUCUUCCGCUGGUAAAACUGAAGGGAAAGCCGCCACCACGUCAACCCUCCCGUCUCAGAACAGUACGGCUCCCUCCACCCCCUCCAGCGCUUCCGCACAGUCUCCCAUAGCCGUUCCUGUCACCAUGGUCUCCUUCACUACUCCCUCACCCGCAACCAUCAGCCUCGCGACCGUGUCCGGGGCCACAGCGACACCCCCGUCUUCCUCCUCCUCCUCCUCCUCCUCCUCCUCCUCCUCAGCCGCCGCCACGCCGGCCCUGAAGAAACAGCGUCCCCUGCUGCCCAGGGAGACGGCGCCGGUGGUGCAGAGGGCUGUGGUGUGGAAUCCCAGCGCCAAGUUUCAGACCUCCUCUCAAAAGUGGCACAUGCAGAAGGUGCAGCGGCAGCAACAGAGCCUGCAGCCCACGGCGGACGCGCAGGCCCCGGCGUCUUCUCCCGGCGGGGAAGGGCAGGCCCAGGCGCCGACCCAGACGCAGGCCGCCGGGAACGGCUCCGCGGCAGUGUCCCCCUCCUCCUCGGCGCCGCAGUCCGCUCAGAGCACGCGCUAUCAGACCAGACAGGCUGCUAAAGCUGUCCAACAAAAAGACGCCCCCCUCAGCACGUCCACGUCGGCCGUCACCCUGGUGUCCGGUAGCCCGUCUGCGGUCGCCAUGAUGGCCGCAUCAAGUUCGGGCCCAGCUGCUACGUCAUCACCCGCGGCGACAGACCCGUAUAUCCCCACUGCUUCGGCGGAUGCAGCUGCAGACAUUGCCAAGUACACAAAUAAAAUAAUGGAUGCAAUCAAAGGCACAAUGGAUGAAAUCUACAACGACCUGUCGAAGAGUACUUCAGGCAAUACCAUAGCAGAGAUAAGACGACUGAGAAUCGAAAUAGAAAAAUUACAGUGGCUGCAUCAACAAGAGCUGUCAGAAAUGAAGCACAAUCUUGAGCUCACGAUGGCAGAGAUGAGGCAGAGUCUGGAACAGGAGAGGGAGAGGUUGGUGAGCGAGGUGAAGAAACAGAUGGAGCUAGAGAAGCAGCAGGCGAUGGACGAGACGAAGAAGAAGCAGUGGUGCGCCAACUGCAGGAAAGAGGCCAUCUUCUACUGCUGCUGGAACACCAGCUACUGUGACUACCCGUGUCAGCAAGCCCACUGGCCAGAACACAUGAAGUCCUGCACUCAGUCAGCCUCGGCCCCACAGCAGGAGUCCGAGGCCGAGUCGACAGCAGACCCCCCCAUCAAAGGUUUAGGGCAGAAUAGCAGUGGCCCGAACUCUCUGAGAGACGCGCCGGCCUCUGCACCACCAGACAGAGACUGUGACACGGAGAAGAGCACUGACAACGCCCCUGUCACUUUAUCCUGAACAAGUGUACCGUACUGCAAAAUGUAAAUGUGUAUAGUUUUUUUUUUUUUU